UCCCCUCGCGACUUCCCAGCCAGCACAGCCCGCGCGCCCCCGGCCCCGGCCGGCCGCCGUUCCGCCCCCGCCGCGCCCGCAGAGGCCGCCAUGCGGCCCGCGCGCUGGCUCGCGCUGGGCAGCCUCCUCGCCCUGGCCGGGGUGCUGGAAGGCCGGCUCGUGGGCGAGGAGGAAGCCGGCUUCGGCGAAUGCGACCGGUUCUUCUACGCCGGGACACCGCCUGCGGGGCUGGCGGCCGAGGCCCACGUGAAGAUCUGUCAGCGCUUCGAGGGCGCCGAGCGCUUCGCCACCCUGUACAGCCGCCGGGACCGCAUCCCCGUGUACUCGGCGUUCCGCGCCGCGCGCCCUGCGGCUGCCGGCGCCGAGCCCCGCUGGCUGGUGGAGCCGCAGAUCGACGACCCCACCAGCCACCUCAAGGAGGCGAGUGAUGAGGCUGAUGCCGUCACCUCUGUGAACAGCCUGGGAAGCCAGCAGGCCCUCAGCACAGAUUACUUGGACUCCGAUGAGCAAAGCGGACAGGUGUACCCAGUCUCCCUUAGCGAUGAUUUCCAAGUGGCUACGUUCGCGCUCACAAACGCAGCUCCGAUGGCCCCGUCCUUCCGCGAGCGGUGGUACCGGGAUCUGCGCAGCCUGAUGGAGCGGGCCCUGACCCCGCAGUGCGGCGGCGGGGCGGACCUGUAUAUCCUUGCCGGCGCCGUGCCCUCCCGCCGCAAGGUCAAGGACAGAGUGGCCAUCCCCGCGUUUGUCUGGCUGGCCGCCUGCUGCGCCGCGCCCGGGGCCGGCUGGGCCAUGGGCUUCGUCCAGCACGCGCGCGACGGUGACAUCAUAGAGGACGUGAUGGUGCCCGAGCUCGAGAAACUGCUUCCGUCCAGCCCCCGGCUGUUCCAGGACAACUGCGGCGAAGCCCAACAGGACACGGAGAGAAUGAAAAAAAUCCUGGAAGUGGUUAACCAAGUCCAGGAUGAAGAGCGAACGGUGCAGACCAAAGAGGACGCUCGUCCUCUCUCCGGCCCCCAGGGUGAGGGCUCCGCGCUGCUGCCUCCGGAGCCGGCUGAGGAGGGGAGGGGCCUUCUGGGCAAGCUGAUGGGCCUCCUCGCCACCCCCGUCAUCAAGCUUUUCCAACUGCUUUAUUACGUUGCCGUGGCCGUCCUGAAGAACAUUAUGUACGUCCUGUGGUUUGUUACCAAGCAAGUGUGUAACGGCAUAGAAAGUUGCCUUUACCGCUUGGGUUCAGCCACCAUCUCCUACUUCUUGACCAUCGGGGAAGAGUUGGCCAGCAUUCCCUGGAAGGUACUCAAAGUCACGGUCAAAAUCAUCAGGGCCGUUCUCCGGAUCCUUUGUUGUCUGCUGAAGGCUGUUUGCCGCAUUCUGGGCAUUCCGGUCCGAGUCCUUGUGGACGUGGCCACUUUCCCCAUGCACACCAUAGGCGCGGUUCCACUUGUGUGCAAGGACAUCGCCAUGGGCCUGGGCGGCACCCUCUCUCUGCUCUUUGACGCUGCUUUUGGCACUAUGGGGAGCCUGUUUCAGGUUAUUUUUAGUAUCUGCAAGAGGAUUGGCUACCGGGUUACUUUUGACAAUUCAGGGGAGUUAUAGAACUCAAAAACACUAGCAGGGUCCAGUUACAUUGAAUUUGAUUUUUUUUUUUUAAUAGAGAAAGCUGGAAUAUUUUGUCUUUACAAUGGGUUUCUGUUUUCUCUCAAUUACAUUAUAUCUCGGCCUGUGGUAGGGGUAUUUGCAUGUUUUGCAAAGGAAGAUGGUAUAAUUUAGACUUGACCAAAGAGAGAUGUUGAGAAUGGGCUUAUGGGUAUAGGUAGAUCAUCUGUGAGAUAUGGGCAAACUUCCAAACCAUUAGAAUCUUCCUUCACUCUGCUGCUAGAUGGACCGCUUGAGAUACUCUGGUGUUCAUUUGUGAUAACUAGGAAUUACAGAGAAGGGAAGAAUUAGGAAGGAGACAACCUUAACCCAAAGAGUUUCUGAGAGACUGGGGUGGGAAUCUUGUUUCUGUUACGAGGUGUGAGGCACAACUUAUAUAAUGUUGCUGGUCAAUUUGUUUUCAUUUGCUUCUCUUUCUUUCUAACUCAGGUGACCUUGGUGAAGUGCAGACAUGCUUUCUUGUUAAAAUAACUUUCUUAGGGACAAAGAUUUGCUAAUAUCCCUGAGCUUUCCAUGGCUUUGAAGGACGUGUAAGUUUUCGUGUUUUUUUGUUUUCGUUUGUGUGUGUGUGUGUUUAGUUCCCCCCCCCCCCAAGAUGAGUUUUGCUGCAUUUUUUUUUAAGGUAAUGAUAAGCAUUUUGUGUUAAAUGUGACAUAACAAAGUUUGAAUGCAAGGGCGAAAAUUGUUUGCCCUUUGAACAGUGUAGCACAGUCUUCUUGGGCAUAAAGAGGAGAGUACAAAGUUCAGAACCCUGCUCUGAGUAGGUGGUGUAGGUUUGAGAAUCCUUAGCUAAGCUUGGAUUAACUUGACGUAGAUUAAGUCUCUGGCUGACAAGAAGGAGCUCAAAGACUGAUAUGUUAGCCAAUAGGAAAAUUUGUACUCUCCAGCAUUCUAGGUCAGUCUUUGUUAUGCAUCAGACAAGUACUCAUUAUAGUAAAAUACUCUGACCUCUAUCCUUAAAUGAUUGUUUUGGUAUAAAUGUAUACAGAAGAGCCACAGAAGAAGAAAACAACUAUUCUAUCCAUUUC